AACAGGUUUCGUCUCCACCUGAUCUUUGUUUUUCAUGUAGAAUAUUGAUGCUUGGUGUAAGAUUAUAGGGUUCUUAGACUUGAAUUGGACAAUUUUUAAUCCAAGUUAAGAUAUUCGAAUCUUGAAUCUGAUUCUUGGCUUAGGGUUAUAACGUGUAUAUGUUUGGUUCUUGGCACUCAUGUAUCCGGAAUCUGAAGUUGACACGAUAAAAUUUUCAUCUUUUUUACUCCUGUAAUAUGGGAGAUUACUCAAUCCAGAUCACUCCGAAGCUGAUCAAUCAGUUAGCUCAAGGCAACGAAAAACCGAAGAGAAAGGCAAAGAGAACCAAACCCAAAGUCUCACCUACACAGAACAAUGCAGAUCAAGCGAGAACACACCGUGAUGCAGCAGAGAAACCGAAGCCAGUGGCAGAGUUACCGACCCAGACCCCACCAUUCUUCUUCCCAAUUCCGCAACAAGGAGCAGCAAACACGGAGCUGGAAUCGAUCAAAUCCGUGUUGAAAGAGAGCGAGAAGGUUCUUGAGAAGGUGGAGAGACGAGAAAAGAACAUUGUCGGUGAAGUGACAGAGAGGGCUAAAGAUCUGAGGGAGAAAGAGUUUAAGAUCCCUGAACCGAAACCAAUGCCUUGCUCUUCGGAUCACGAAGCCUGGAAGAAAUGCUACGAGGAGAACGUUGGCAACCCGUUGAUAUGUAGCGGACUGGUUAUGAGAUUCCAGGAUUGCGCUCGCUGGUCCAGGCAGCAAGUGAGUUCUGCUCAAAAGUAGAGAUAAAAUGUUCUUUUUUUUUUUGGCUUUCUGAGAUCUUAUGAAUAAUCAGGAGAAAUGAACUUGUUCCUUUUUGUUACUCUAAUAAAUAUAUAAACUGAAUCUGUGGUUGUAUUCAUGAGAUCUAAACUGCGUUCUUGAUUUUGUA